AUGGCGGACGCGGACGCGGAGACGAAAUUCGCGCGCGUCUACGCGCGAUUGAUCGCGGACGACGGACGCGCGGGCGAGCGCGUCGUGCGAUUCUUCGAUCGACGAGAUUUUUAUUCGGUGCACGGUGCGGACGCGGAGUACGUCGCGCGGACGUUUUAUAAGACGACGUCGGUGAUCAAGCACACGGGGAGGGGAGAAGAUGCGUUGGCGGGCGUCACGCUGAAUCGCGCCAUGUUUGAGACGGCGUUGCGGGAGCUGUUGAUCGAGGGCGCGGAGGGCGCUCGAGUGGAGCUGUACGAAGAGAGCAAGCCGAGCGGGACGUGGACGCUUUCUAAGACAGCGUCGCCGGGUCGAACGCAGGCGUUCGAGGAGGAGUUGUUUCGCUCGAAUGAAAUGUCGGAUGCCGCGGUGGUGUGCGCGGUUCGCGCGACGAGCGGCGGCGGCGUGGGCGUGGCGUACGUGAACGCGACGACGCGCGAAUUGGGCGCGUGCGCGUUCGUGGACGAUGAACAGUUUUGCACGCUCGAGAGCGUGUUGUGUCAGAUGGGCGCGAAGGAAUGCGUGGUGCCGAAGGAAGGUUUGGAGACGCCUGAGGGGAGACGGUUGCGAGACGUCGUCGCGAGAUGCGGCGCGCUAGCCACGGAGCGUCCUUCGCGAGAGUUUGACGUGUUGGAUCUCGAGAGCGAUCUUGAUAGGCUGAUCAAGGGCAAUGUCGAGGCGCAUCGAGCGGUGAUCGAUCAACCAAACUCUGCGGCGUGUCUCGCCGCGGUUUUGCGUUUCAGCGAGAUGCUCGCCGAUAGCGCCAAUCAUGGGCGAUGUUCGCUGAGCAUGUACGACACCGGUCGUUACAUGCGUCUUGACGCCUCGGCACUUCGCGCGCUGAACGUCCUUCCCGAACGCUCCGAUGGACCCAGUAACUUUAGUCUUUACGGCUUGCUGAACAAGUGCCGAACCCCCAUGGGUCGACGUCUUCUCUCGAGAUGGCUGAAACAGCCGCUCGUCGACGUCGGCGAAAUUGCCCAACGACACGACGUCGUGCACGAAUUUGUGAACUCCGCUGAGGUCAGAGAUGCUCUUCGCAGUGCUCACCUUCGAUCUCUACCGGAUAUUGAGCGCAUCACUAGAAAGCUCGAACGGCGUAAGGCGACGUUGAUGGACCUGUGUCGACUGUAUCAAGCGAGCGCAGCGCUCCCGCACAUGGCGGAGGCGCUGGAACGAUGCGAAGGUCGAUUCGCGGAUUUCAUUCGCACCAAGUACGCCGAUGAGCUGAAGAAGUUCAGCGAUCCGAGCCAUCUCGGGCGUUUCGAAGGUCUUUUAGAGGCGGCGGUGGAUCUGAGCAAGAUUCCUGACGAGUAUGUUAUCUGCGCUUCGUACGACGCCGAGCUUGGGGAGCUGCAAAAGCAAAAGGACGUCCUGGAAGAGGACAUUCGAAGCGCGUUCGCCGACGCUAGCAAAGAUUUGGGGAUGGAACGAGACAAACAGUUGAAGUUGGAGCACAACAACAUGCACGGCUGGUUUAUGAGAUUGACCAAGAAGGAUGAGACCUCAGUUCGCAAGAAGCUAAGCGUCAGUUAUCAAAUUCUCGAGGCGAAGAAGGAUGGGACCAAGUUUACGAACAAAAAGCUUCGCGCGCUCUCCGAGCAACGCGUCGCUCUCGAUCGUAGCUAUGAGGCCAAGCAGCGUCACCUCGUCGAGCGCGUCGUCGACGUGGCGGCUUCGUUUUCUGAAGUCUUCCUGAACGUCUCUGCCAUGGCCGCGGAGAUCGACGUUCUCGUCUCCUUCGCUGAAGUCGCAGUGAGCGCCCCCGUACCAUUCGUUCGUCCAAUCAUGCAGGAAAAGUCAUCUGACACGAUCCAUUUGGAGAAUUGUCGACACCCGAACGUCGAAGCGCAGGACAACGUGCGAUUCAUCGCGAACACGUGCUCGAUGAAGAAGGGCGAGUCUUGGUUUCAAAUCAUCACGGGUCCGAACAUGGGUGGGAAGAGUACGUUUAUUCGCCAGGUGGGCGUGUGCGUGCUCCUGGCACAGAUCGGGAGUUUCGUACCGUGUGAUGAAGCAACGAUCGCCGUUCGGGAUGCCAUUUUUGCUCGCGUCGGAGCCGGUGAUUGUCAACUCCGCGGCAUCUCCACGUUCAUGGCUGAGAUGCUCGAGACGGCGGCUAUUUUGAAGGCAGCAACGCCUUCGAGUUUGGUCAUCAUCGAUGAGCUCGGUCGCGGGACGAGCACAUACGACGGCUUUGGUCUCGCUUGGGCGAUCAGCGAGCACAUAGUGAACGAGAUUCAGGCUCCAUGCAUGUUCGCCACGCACUUCCACGAGCUCACCGCGCUGAAAGGUGCGAGCGGCGUCGCCAACUUUCACGUCGAGGCGCUCAUCGACCAGGCGAGCCGGAAACUUACCAUGUUGUACCAAAUCAAGCCCGGUGCGUGCGAUCAAUCGUUUGGGAUUCACUGCGCCGAGUUUGCUCGGUUCCCCGAGGAAGUUCUCAAGGUUGCCAGACAAAAGGCGGAGGAACUGGAAGAUUUCAGCAAGGAAGGCGCCGAGCGAGCCGUCGCGGAUGUUUCCGAACCCAACGCCAAGCGUCAACGCGGCGAGGAAGUCUCCGACGACAUGGCUCGCGGCGUCAUCCGCGCACGCCAGUUUCUCUCUGACUUCGCCGCGGUGCCACUCGAGCGCAUGUCCCCAGCCGAGGCCGUCGCCCGUGCGAGACAGCUCAAAGCUGAACUCGAGAGCGACGCCGCGCACAACUCCUGGCUCACCGAUCUCGUCGCCAACGCCGCGUGA